UUCCUUUCGAGUUGUCAAUUGAGCGAAGACGACGACAACGACGUGUGCGUGAAAAAUUGUUUAUUCUCUGCGAUUAAAUAAGUGAUUAAUCAUACAAUAUAAGCAUGGCAUCGCAUCCGGUGUUUAUAGACCUGUCGCUAGAUGAACAGGUGCAAGAGCUGCGCAAGUUUUUCAAGAAGCUUGGCGCCGAAAUCUCAUCGGAGAAAUCGAACAAAGGCGUCGAAGAUGAUUUGCACAAAAUAAUUGGCGUCUGUGAAGUUUGCUUCAAAGACGGGGAACCAGCGCAAAUUGAUGGAAUAUUGAACAGCAUCGUCUCCAUAAUGAUAACGAUACCACUGGAUCGUGGCGAGAACAUUGUGCUGGCCUACUGCGAAAAGAUGACGAAGGCGCCAAAUCAGCCGCUGGCCAAAGUGUGCCUGCAAUCGUUGUGGCGUCUGUUCAACAAUUUGGACACUGCAUCCCCGUUGCGCUACCAUGUCUACUAUCAUCUGGUGCAGGUGGCCAAACAAUGCGAUCAAGUCCUCGAAGUCUUCACUGGGGUCGAUCAACUAAAAUCGCAAUUCGCCAACUGCCCGCCAUCCAGUGAGCAAAUGCAGAAAUUGUAUCGUCUGCUCCAUGACGUAACCAAGGACACCAAUUUGGAGCUGUCGUCCAAGGUGAUGAUCGAACUGUUGGGCACCUAUACAGCGGAUAAUGCGUGCGUUGCGCGUGAGGAUGCAAUGAAGUGCAUUGUCACCGCUCUUGCCGAUCCCAAUACAUUCCUGCUCGAUCCGUUGCUAUCGCUGAAGCCAGUCCGGUUUCUCGAGGGCGAUCUAAUACACGAUCUGUUGUCGAUCUUUGUGUCGGACAAAUUGCCGUCGUAUGUGCAGUUCUAUGAGGAUCACAAGGAGUUCGUCAACUCGCAGGGUCUGAAUCACGACCAGAACAUGAAGAAGAUGCGUCUGCUCACUUUCAUGCAACUGGCCGAAAGCUAUCCCGAAAUGUCAUUCGACACCUUGACUAAAGAGCUGCAAAUCAACGACGAUGAAGUUGAGCCCUUUGUCAUCGAAGUGCUCAAAACUAAGUUGGUGCGUGCCCGCCUGGACCAGGCCAAUCGCAAGGUGCACAUCUCUUCGACUAUGCAUCGCACCUUUGGUGCACCCCAGUGGGAGCAGCUGCGCGAUCUGCUGCAGGCCUGGAAAGAGAACCUCAGCUCUGUCCGUGAGGGCUUAACGAAUGUUUCAUCUGCACAACUCGAUCUGGCACGCACCCAAAAGCUGAUACAUUGAAAUCCAUAAUAUUACAACUAUAACAACAGCAGAAACAACUACAACUACAACAAGUGACGUCAAGAACAAACAUAAUAAAACAGCACCGUAUAAGGGUUUACUAAAUAUUAUAAAUUAUUGUCGAGGAAAUGCGUGAAAUAUCAAACUUGAAUAAAUUUCUAAGUAAAGUCAA